CGCCGCCUAGGGCAUGUCUCCUGCCGCCGCCGCCGCGAGCAUGCCCCAUCCACUGUUGAUAGCCCAAAUCCAGCACAUCCUAUAGAGCUCGCGCGCGUGCUGAUUCCUUGGCUCAGAUCUGGUCGGUUUCAUAGGAGCCGAGAUGGACCUUCCCCUGCCGUCGCGGGAUCCGGAGACCCUCGGCAAGGACGAUCAGGACUGGAUGUCCGCGCUGCGGGAGUCGGUGUCGUUCGGUCGAUUCCUAUCCGAGUCACUCGAGUGGGAUACGAUGAGGCAUGCCUUGCCGGCACCGACGGCUACCAUAUUGCAUGACCAAUCGCUGCCGGCAGCUGGCCUCAAUCAAGAUGUACAUGUCAAUUUCUUGGUGCCGACCACAAUGGUCGGAGCUCAAUCUGCCUCCUCCAAUUGUGGUGUUGCAUGCAUUGGCGAAUCUGGAGCAGGCGUGAGUUGUAGUCCAUGCUUGCCUGCUGCCCGGUCCUCAACUAAUGUUGAAGGAGCUGCAUUGCAUUUGUCGAUGAUGGAGCCAAUGGAGAGCAUUGGUCAGAGCGUAGGAUCUACUACUCCAGUUUUGCUUGAAGAUGAUGCCAAUACCAAUUUCAAGGAUGGAAAUGAAUUGGCUUCAUGCAGUGGAGAUAGUUACACUACACCAAGGAAAACAAGAAGCAUGCCGAUCCGCGGUUCAACAUAUGAGCCAGAGUGUGAUGAAAGCUUGCAGCCCACAAUUGGCAUGGUCUUUGAUAAAUGGGAGGAUGGUGAGAUUUUCUACAAACAUUAUGCUCAUGAGGCUGGUUUUUCGGUUCGGAUAUUUACACAGCAUAAAGGGGAUGGUGGUGUACCAGUGUGGAAGCGAUUUGUUUGUGCAAGGCAAGGAUGGAGGAAGGAGAAAUGUGUACCGAAUGAUCAUGUCAAGAAGUCCAAUAGGAAAGUGAAGAUAACUAGGUGUGGUUGUGAGGCUAUGAUUGGCUUAAAGAGAAGAGGUGAUGGCAAGUAUGUAGUCGCCCGAUUCGUGCUUCAACACACACAUCAGCUUGUCUCGCUGAGUAAGAAACAGUUCCUGCGAUCUAAUAGAGAAGUCAGUAGUGAAUUGAGGAGCACAUUUUUCACUUGUCGCAAAGCAUUGAUGGGCCCUUGCCAAACAUAUCGCUUAUUGAGUGCACAAAAGGGCGGGCAGGCAAAUAUUGGAUGCACGAAGCGUGAUUUACAGAAUUAUGGUCGUGAUAUCGCUGAGAUAAUUAAAGAUGCAGAUGCACAAACAAUCAUUGAUGCUAUGAAGAGUAAGCAAAGUAUCAAUCCAACUUUCUUCUUUGAUUAUGAACGAGAUGAAGAGGACAAGUUAACCCACAUUUUUUGGGCUGAUGGUACAUGCAGAAAGAACUAUGCACUAUUUGGUGAGGUGAUGUCCUUUGAUUCCACAUAUAGUACUAAUCAAUACAACCUAGUUUUUUCCCCUUUCACUGGUGUGAACCAUCACAAGGCAUGUGUUACAUUUGGUGCUGCAUUUGUAUGCCAUGAAAAGGUUUGGUCGUACAAAUGGUUAUUCAAGACCUUUCUAAAGGCAAUGGGAGGUGUUGCACCUAAACUUAUCAUUACCGAUGAGGACCAAAGCAUGAAAGCUGCAAUCAAAGAAGUAUUCCCUCAAACUGUACAUAGACUUUGCAUGUGGCAUAUUCUCUACAAAGUACGACAGUAUGUCGGUCAUGAUUUAUUCAAUGAUGAAGAUUUCCGUAAGCAAUUUAGUGCAUGUGUUUGGGGUUCAGAGACUCCGGACGAAUUUGAGGAAAAGUGGUCGGCAGUAAUUUCACACUAUGGACUAGAGAGCAAUACAUGGUUGACUGGCAAGUUUGGUAUUCGUCAAUCAUGGAUACCUGCAUAUUUCAAAGGUGUCUUCCUUAGCGGGUUAUUGCGGACUACAUCAAGAUCUGAGAGUGAAAAUGCUUUCUUUGGUCACUUUGUGAAUCGUCGACUCUCUUUACUUGAUUUUUGGAUAAGGUUUGAAACUGCCAUUGAAGAGCAGCGCCAAAAGGAAUUGGAGGAUGACAAUAACACAAUUCAUACGCUUCCCGUAUUAGAGACCACUUGGAGCAUCGAGAGUCAUGCUAGGGAUGUCUAUACUCAUACUAUUUUUCAUCUAUUUCAAGAUGAGGUGAUCGCUGCUAGGGACAGGCGUGAUGUACUUUCAAUAGAACAAGUUGGUGAGGUACAGACCACUCGUAUCUCUGAUUUAAGUGGUAAAGUUAGAAAGGUGAUGUACAACACUGCGACAAAGAUUGCACAUUGUUCUUGUAAAUUGUUUGAAUCUAUGGGUAUACCCUGUUCGCACAUCAUCAUUGUCCUCAAGAGAGAGAAAUUCAAGGAGAUCCCAAGGCAUUAUAUUCUUGAUAGGUGGACAAAAAUGGUUACAAAGACGAAGGUACUUGACUCAAAUGGAAACAUACUUCAAGGGUCAACUAAAUCACUUUCGCCCACCAUUAAUCAACUAUACUCAGAUACAUACACUAAGUUCAAUAUGGGCAUGAUGGCUGCCAAAAAUUCCGAGGAGAAGAUGAAAUAUUUGCAUAAGGGUAUUGCUGAUGUUGUUGACCAUGUCUUGAAUAUGGGAACAGGAUGCCAACAGACAAAGGUGCAAGAAAUUGAGUCAUUUAUUGGAGUAUCGUUUCCAAGUGAGAUCACUAUUCACCCACCAUCUAUAGCACACACAAAAGGAAGUGGCACAAAGAGGAAGCAGGGUUCACACCCAACAACAAGUGGAAAAAGGAAAAAAAGAGGUCAAGAAGCUUUAAAAUAGAUCAGAGGGAUAAGAAGGUGCACCAGUCUCGAAGGAUAAAACCAUUGCUUAACUAGGUG